ACGUCCGAUGGAAGAAGAUGGAGAGAGGGAGGGAUAACGAUGAGAGAAGAACAAGACGAAGUUUGAAGUUGGAGCGAAAAGGAAUACGAGACCCUGUGGAGAAUGAACUGCACGUCACCAUUUCGAAAUAAGCGCGGCCGUGGCGGAUAGGCUGGACGAUCCUAGCCGACGGAUUCAUGCCACCAGGUGUGAAUUAAGAUGUUGAAUAUGCAGCAGUGCCAGCAACCCUAUAGCCGGCUGGGCCGUUCUGAUCUUCUACUCUAUACAGUUUAAUUUCAAUCGAUUUCCAGCUCUUGUUUGAAAAUCCAAACUUGAAAUUCGUGGAACUUUGUCUCCGUUUGUGUGUGUGUCUGUGUGUGUCCGCGCGCGCGCCCCCGAGUAUGUGUGUGUGUGUUUAGUUUUGUGUAACAGCUAUUUUGAGUUUCCACCGGACACUUACCACCGAGAGUUGCAGAGAUUGCGUGAGUGACCGAGUGUGUAGAGUAAGCAGAAGGUGAGCGCGUGUGCGUGAAACACGCCAAACAGUGAAAACGGAUAUCUCGUCGUAGUUCCAAGUGAAACAAAAAGUUAAAGAAACAGAGAAGACAAAAGCAAACAAACACAAAGAAAGACAAAAAACGACAACUAUAAAAAAAAAAGUGAGCGACAGAGUGACUGGUUAGAGUCCAGGAGACUAUGCUGUACCAAGGUUGGCUAUCUACCGAUGGCCGUGCACCAGCACCAGCAGGCUAGAUCAUCCUCGUCGUCGUCGUCAGCAGCAACAGCAGCAGCAGCCGUUACAGCGACAGCAACAAAUACGUGGUGGUCUUCUACGUCUUCGAUUUGGUAUUCUGAGAGAUCCUUGUGGUGGCAAAGCGUCUUGCUCACGGACAAAAUGCGAGCCUUUCUCUUCCUGUGGAUUUUCGUCCUGCUCCUGCUCCAUGUGGCCGGCGGCGGACAGCGCGAUGAACCGGCCCGCUCGGCCGGAAAAGGGGCCGGUAGCGAUGCGGCCGCCUUGCCUUGCUCGAGACUCUGCCAGUGCGAGGCCAAUGCGGUGGAUUGCUCCAACCGCGGACUGACUCAAGUGCCGCUGGAUUUGCCAAAGGACGCCGACAAGAUAAAUUUGGAAGGCAACAACUUGACCAGUUUGCUGAGUUCAGAUUUCGAGGGCUUCGCCAAUCUACGAAUCCUGCGUUUGAGCAACAACCAGCUGCAGUACAUCCCGGACUUGGUCUUCGCCACGCUGGGCCACCUCCAACGACUGGAUUUGAGCCACAACCAGUUGACUGCUGUUGGCAAGCGCACCCUCCGAGGACUCAACUCGCUGCGCAAUUUGCAACUGGAUAACAACCAACUGACAUGUAUCGACGAAGCAGCUCUCCGCUCCCAGAAGGAAUUGGAGAUUUUGACUUUGAACAACAACAACCUGACGUCGCUUCCGCGCGACCUGUUCGAACCGCUGAGUCGCCUACGCGUUUUGCGCCUCUCGGAGAACAAGUGGCUCUGCGACUGCCAUCUCGCCUGGCUGGGCCGCUUCCUUCGCCGCCACGCCCGGGCCGGCUCACCGCUGGCCGCCAACGGCUACCUGCCCCGCUGUCACGCCCCUUUCGGCCUCCGCAUCAAAGCCGUGUCGGAGCUUCUUGACACGGAAUUCAAAUGCACAGGAGCCGCCGAACGGCCAUCGGAGGAAUGUUCGGCCCAACCCGGCUGCCCGCUGAUGUGCCGCUGCGCCGAUGGCGUCGUGGAUUGCCGAGAUAAAUCUCUCAGCCGAAUCCCGCCCUAUUUGCCGGACAGCGCUACUGAACUCCGCUUGGAACAGAAUCAGAUAACCGAAAUUCCUGCCAAAGCGUUCGCAGCUUACAAGAAACUCAAGAGAGUGGACUUGAGCAACAACCAGAUCAGCUCCAUCGCCGGCGACGCCUUUCACGGAUUGAAAUCGCUAACAUCGCUGAUUUUAUACGGGAACCGGAUCACCGAACUUCCGGCUGGCAUGUUCCACGGUCUGACGUCGUUGCAGCUCCUUCUACUCAAUGCCAACCGUAUCUCCUGCGUCCGGCGAGACUCCUUCAAAGAUCUUCACAAUCUCAAUCUGCUAUCGCUUUACGACAACAACAUCCCAACGAUGCUCAACGGAACGUUCGACAGCUUGCGCAACAUUCAAACGCUGCAUCUUGGACGUAACCCGUUCUUGUGCGAUUGCUACCUGACGUGGCUGGCUGAUUACUUGCACCGCAAACCGGUCGAAACUUCCGGAGUCCGGUGCGAAUCUCCGCGCCGGAUGCAGAGGCGUCGCAUCUCUGUCCUGCGAGACGAAAAAUCGCGCUGCAGUGAUCGUGACUUGGAGCGCAAUUUGUUGGAAAUCAGCCCGUGCGAAGAUGAUCCAUCCUGUCCGACUGAGUGUUCCUGCAAAGGAACCAUUGUCGAUUGUUCCAAUAAAGGACUAAAGGAAAUUCCGCGUGAACUUCCUCUUUACACCACCGAACUGAUUUUGAACGACAAUCAAAUCGUGAGGAUCAAGGCGGAUGGCAUGUUUCGAGAUCUGCCCAAUCUCCUUAAAGUUGAUUUGAGGCGGAAUCAAAUCUCCGCCAUUGAGAACGGAGCCUUCGAAGGGGCCAACACGCUGGUUGACUUAAACUUGGCCGAGAAUAUGAUCCAGGAAAUCCACAACAAAAUGUUUACUGGCCUGGUCAGCUUGCGGACUCUGUCGCUGUUCCAAAAUAAAAUCACGUGCGUCACCCCGGGGUCGUUUGAUUACUUGAGAUCUCUCACUUCGCUGAAUAUUUUGAGCAACCCGCUGCACUGCAAUUGCCACAUGGCCUGGUUUGGCGAUUGGUUGCGGAAAAAAGAACAAGAACUGAGCACUGGAGCGCCCCGCUGCGCCAGCCCGGCUCGUGUCAAGGACAUUCCAUUGCAGGACAUGCCAUCGUUCGAGUUUCGCUGCUCCGAAUUGGAUGAUCAGGGAUGCCUUGGUGAGGAUUACUGCCCGCCAAAGUGCACUUGCACCGGCACCAUUGUUCGCUGCAGCCGGGCCAAGUUGCGUGAAAUUCCCAAGAACAUUCCGCCGGAAACAACUGAACUGUACUUGGACGUGAACGAGAUCCAGUCCAUCCAGUCGGAGAGAUUGAGCCAUUUACGGUCGCUGACUAGGCUCGACCUGAGUAACAAUAUGGUGUCCGUCUUGUCCAACAAUACUUUUGUCAACUUGACCAAACUUUCCAGCUUGAUCGUCAGCUAUAACAAACUACAGUGCGUGCAAAGGAACGCCUUCUCCGGACUGCUCUCUCUUCGCAUACUGUCGUUGCACGGAAACGACGUAUCCAUGAUCCCCGAAGGCGCUUUCACUGAUCUGCAAUCCAUCACCCACUUGGCUCUUGGCUCAAAUCCAUUCUACUGUGACUGCAAUCUUCGCUGGCUGGCCGAGUGGGUCAAACGAGACUACGUCGAGCCGGGCAUCGCCCGUUGCGCCGAACCCAUCUUGUUGCGAGACAAACUUCUUCUCACUUCGCCCGCUGAUCACUUCCAGUGCAAAGGAAAAAUUUCCAACGAGGUAUUGGCCAAGUGCGACACUUGCUACACUUUCCCUUGUAAGAACGGCGCCACUUGUCGGCCGACGGGCGAGAGGGAUUACGAGUGCCUCUGUGCCCCCGGCUAUCACGGAAAGUUGUGCGAAUCCGCCAUCGACGCUUGUUACGGCAAUCCGUGCCGCAACUCUGCCAUAUGCAAAGUUUUGGAAGAAGGUCGUUUUAGUUGCCACUGCUCGGCCGGCUACGAGGGGGAUCGUUGCGAGACUAACAUCAACGACUGUCUCGAUCACAAAUGUGUUAAUAACGCCACCUGCGUCGAUCAAGUCGAAUCUUACCGCUGCGAUUGUCAGAGCGGAUACACAGGAAUUUACUGCGAAAAGAAGAUCCAGUUCUGUACCAAAGAUUUCAAUCCUUGCAAAAACGGAGCUACAUGUGUGGAUCGCGGCGAUCACUAUGCCUGCCAGUGCGCUCUUGGUUUCAGCGGAGAAAACUGUACCGUUAAUAACGACGACUGCAUCAGCCACAUGUGUCAGAACGGUGGGACCUGUGUUGACGGUAUCAACGAGUACACUUGCAAGUGUCCGCCUGAAUUUUCUGGCAAGUUUUGCGAGGCCUCUCCGAUGGUCAGUCUGCUAUACCCUCAAACUUCCCCUUGUCAACAGCACGAUUGCCAGAAUGGCAUUUGCUUCCAACCUCAAGGAUUGACCGAUUACAUUUGCAAAUGUGCUUCGGGCUAUACUGGAAAGCGAUGCGAGUUUCUAACAAGUGUAAGCUUCGCCCAAAACGGCUCCUACAUUGAAAUGCCUUCGCUCAAAACCAAACCGGAAGCCAACAUCACGAUGAUCUUUUCAACCGAAGAAGAGAACGGAAUUUUGAUCUACAACGGCGAAUCGCAGCACAUAGCCGUCGAAUUGUUCCGCGGCCGCAUUCGCGUCAGCUACGAUGUCGGCAACUAUCCCGUGUCCAACAUGUUUAGCUACGAAACAGUGUCCGACGGUCGAUACCACACAGUGGAGUUGCUCUCACAGAAGAAGAACUUUACUCUACGUGUUGAUCAGGGCAACGCUCGCUCCAUGAUAAAUGAAGGAGAACACGAAUACUUGCGUCUAAGCACUCCCUUAUUCAUCGGAGGCCUACCAAACGAAGCGGCUGAGAAAGCCGCUCGACAGUGGCAACUGCGAAACACUACUAGCUUCAGGGGAUGCAUAAAAGAAUUAUGGAUCAAUGGUAAGCUGACAGAUUAUGCUCAGGCAGCCACAAAACAAAAUCGAAUCAUCCCUGGCUGUGCUAACUCUGAAUCCGAAGAAACGGCCGCCGAAAUGAUCAAGCCUAAAGCGAACAAUCUAAAGAAGGACAAUGCACAGCGUGAAGUGAAAGACAGUGCCGCACAGCCCCAGAGCUAUAUGAACACGCUUAAGACUUCAGUGCUGACUUCCUACGACCCGUGCAAGGAUCAUCGAUGCCGCAAGGGUCAGUGCGUGUCCAAGAAAGACGGCAAGAAUUACAGUUGCAAAUGUCAAGCUGGAUGGGGAGGCAAAUAUUGCGACACCGCCCCCACUUGCCGGAAAGAACAAUAUCGCGACUAUUACAUGGAACACGGAUGCCGCUCCACCAAGCCUGUCCGGAAUUCCGUUUGCAGCGGUAAUUGCGGUUCCGAUUGCUGCCGACCUCGUCGCUCCAAGAAACGUCGCCUGAAGCUCAUCUGUAACGACGGAACUCGCUACACCAAGGAAAUCGAGAUUGUCCGCAAAUGCGGCUGUUCUCGAAAGUGUCUCUAAUCGACGUGCGACAGGGACACGCAAAAUCAAGUGCAGUAGCCGAACGAGGGUAAACGGUGACAAAAUAAUAAUCGAUGAGUAUGUAACAAGUAACCAUUUUCUAGCAAUUUGACUCUUUUUUGUUAUCCUCCCUCUUUUUCUCUUGUAGCCUUUUAUUUUUUAACCCACAAUAUUUUCGUUUAUGUAUUGCUUCGUUUUUAUCGGUUUUUUCCUUUUAUUCGAGCUAUAUGAUGUCUGAUAGCAAUUCCUUUCCAUGUCGCUUUUCUUUUGAUUCCCUUCGAAGUAUAAAUAAUUGGACAUCGGUGUAUAUUUAGCUAAUCGAAAUCAAGAAAAAAAGAACAAAAAAAAAAAACACAUAAAACCAAAAUGUCAGUCCGAAAAGGCAAAGAACAAGAAAAAACGUUGACUGAAAGGAUCCAUGAAUCGAUCCAAAGUCAUGACGCAUAAUGAUUAUUUCGGGUGUAGUUUUUUUAAAUGUAUAUGCAUAGGAAAGGGCACCCCCAGAAAUGUCUGUGCUUACGCUGGCCAUUUUGUUGCCACUUUCACACUCACUCACACAGUGACAUUUCCCCCCUAAAUCCCCUCCUUUUAUUUCUGAAAAUCAUUUUUCCCGUUGGUCAACUCCCGUUUUGGUAUUGAUUUCACUGAACUAAGUACAUAUAUAUGCCUUUUUUCUUCUUCCCUCACCAUUUUUUUAUUGUUUUCUGAAAUCCCUCGUUAUGUGGGUUUCCUUUUUUUUUGUCAAUCGGAAGUUUGAAUUUAAAUAUUAUUACACGGUAGCGUUGAGCAGCGGUGCCAAGAAAAACAAAUGCUGUAAUCGCCCGUUCAUUUCCUUUUCCGCUCCCCCCCCCCCCUACUUCACUCCUUCUUGUUUGACAUUCUUGUGUUACCUUUAAAAGCCGAACUUUGAACUUUGUUCUGUCAGGUUUCCACUUCCAUUGGAUUGCUGCCACUAAUACUCAUACCUCUGUUUUCUUUUCCUCUUCCCAUGUCAUCGUUAUCUGUAGCCAACUAGACACAAUAUUCAUCAGAACAUCCUGUCUCUUAAUACAUCUAUUACUGAACACGUA